GUCUUAAGUGGUACUUCAUGUAAGAAAGUAACAGUUUGCAUGAGAGAGACAGAGAGCAUGGCUGUAACUCUCGAUUUUAGUCAUUAAAUGCAUGAGAGACGACGAAUUACUAAUGACUUCAUUAACAAAAAGUCGUUUUGCUGUCUUAGAGGUCAGCGAUGAUGACAGCGAAGGAGAAUUCCAGGGGGUCAGUGAUGAGGCACGAAGGAAAUGCGAUGACAGCAAAAAUGCUGGAAAAACAAAGAAGAAAUGCAAGAAGAAGAAAAGGAGCAGACAGAAAAGUAACGAGGUGGUCGAAUUGUAAUGAACUUAUUUUUAAAUCCUGUGGAUUAAAUUAUAGCUUAUAUUGGAAAGUUUGCAUUCGGAGCUAGACUAAGAAGAAAUUAAAUAUAGAAUAGCCUUCGGUCACAAGGACUAAGCUGAGGAUCGUAUCUCUGUAGAAAGAAGUUUGAAUGUAACCUUAUUUACGAUGCAGAUCUCCAUAUUUGUAGAAGUAUGGAGCAAUAUAAAGAUUGGUACGACAGUCGACAUCUUUCUUAAGGGAACAUUCAAAUCAGCAAACCUCCCUGAGCCCUACCCUCAAUUUAUGAUUUCUUUUAUUUUAGUCAUCUGAAACUGCUGUAAUGAAUAGGGUGGAUUCAGGUGGUAAAGAAGCAUCUGUACAAAGUGGAGAUUGGGAUGAAUGGAAGCAAAAAGAUGAACAGGUCUGAUUUUCAUGUCAGAUAUAAAGUGAUGUUGUUCCUAGAAAACAAUAUUUACCGUUUCUUUGAAAGACGAAAUGACAUUUUUUUAGUUAAACAAACAUUUUUCAACGUUUCUAUGCCAUCUUCAGUUGCAAAUGUUCCUUGUAGAAUAUGAAGCUUUCUUUACCAUAGCAACAUAAAAUUACACAGAAAAAUUAUGUUUUAAAACUUCUUUAACUAUUAAGUUAGGUCCACAACUGAAAUUCUGAAAUACUGGGAAGAAAAAAAAUAGUAAUAGUAGUAAAAGUAAGGUCAAGAAUGGAAACUAGUAAUAGCAGAAAGUCAUCAACAAAAUUGAAUAAAAGGAGAUAAAUGUAAAUUCUACCAUUUAAUGUACAGUUAAAAAUCAUGCGUAUCUUAACUAAAAAUAGAGGAAACACAAUAAAUAUAUGUGUGUAUUUAUACAUGCAUGUGCAUACUUUGACAAAUGGAUCUUCAAUGUCUGUUGCUACAAAAUUAACUAUUUCUGUGAGCAUCUGGUGUAACCAUUUAACUCCCAAGUUCUGAUUUUUAAUUGACCCCUCUAACCUCUAUAUAUUUCCUUGAAUUUAGUAGUUAUAAGAAUUUAGUGUUAAAUCAAGAUAAUAGCUUCUACCUGAUAUCUUUGAGUAUUCUUAUUACCUGUUUGUUGGAUAAAUACAUAUUAUUUGCCGCCUGUAUGGUGAAAUACUGUGACUGAGGGCAGCAUUUUCAAGACUGAGGUCACAGUUUUUUACCAUAUGGACUGACCCUUGAAGCCGAUAAAUAACAUAUGUAAUUUUUUUCUUUAAUUAACAAAAUUCUUUCUGGAAGUACCCGAAUGAUUAAGUGCUGUAAAUAUGGCAAGAUCUUUCAUAAACUGAACAAUUUUUGAGCGACUGAACAGUAAUUAAAAUAGAGGUGAUGCAAAUUAAAGAGAGAUGCUUUACUAAAACAUUUUCAUUUGCAUAAUGUAAAGGUGAUUUAAAAGGCUUCAAAACAAACUUUGAAACAUUAUUUUUACAAGUGUCUGUUACAAUCUGACAUCUGUCAAUUAGAGAGUGUGUUAGAAAAGAAAAAGCAUAUGUACACUUUUGAAAAACAAUGAAACUAGUUAGGCAAGGACUGUUACAAUAUUGUUUUCUUCAAAAACAGACAAUGAUCUUCCAGAAAGUAUUAUUCACUCUCAUCAACAAUUAAUUCAUGUACGAAGAUUUACCUCAGUUCAUUAAGUAAACGGUGAGGGAAGUAAUUGUAAGUAAAUUCAAAUUUUUUAUUUUGAAGUUGUGAGAGUUUGCUCGUUUCUUUACUGAUAUGGCAUGUGUAAAUCUGGUCUUCCUCCAUAAAACCUAAAUUCAAAUGAGACACUCCAAGGAGACACAAGGGUAUUUAAUGUAGCCUUUUCUCAUUGAAUUCCUUCAGUUUCUGUUGUGCAAUGUAUGAUACAAAUAUCUAAAUUGAACAGACUUGGAAAAACUCACCAAGAGCAUAUAUUUGAUGCAGGACUGAAAUUAAAACUUCACUCGCCCUUUCACUACAAAUGAAUUGUUUGAGAAAAUUCAGAUACUAAAUGAAUGAACCAAAUGUAGCCAAAUGCCUCACAUUUUAACUUUCUAGGUACUUUUUGUGAACAAUUAAAAUUAAUUGCAGAUGGUUUUUAGGCCUCUUGUCAACCAACGUUAGUAACACUAUUGCUUAUACAAAUUCAUUUUGAAACCAAUAUUUUUCUGUCAACCAAAGAAUUUGGGAGAGAGAAAAGAGAGGACUAAUAAGUUAUUUAUUGGCUUGAGGUAGUGACCGACGUUGUUGCUCAAAAAUACUGCCUAGCCGGAAAAACGAGAUUUAUUUAUAAAGAAUUGGCAUUGAAAGUAGGGAUGUACUCAGUGACUCAGGAAAGCGUUACCAACUUGCCCGUGGGCAGAGAUAGGAAAAUACUGACCAGGUAAAGAACCAAUCAGAUUGUAGGAUUCGUUACCAUGCCCUCUGAAAAAAAAAAAUAAAGGAAAAUACAGACUGCAUAAAGAACCAGUCAGAUUGCAGGAUUUGUUACCGUGCCCUCUGAAAAAAAAAAUUGUAUGAUAUUAUAGGAGAACUUACAUGUUAAUCAGUCCUGGGUUAAAGUUAGGUGCAUAUUUUUAAACUUUUAAAAAAGUUUUAAAAUGUGUAGUCAACCUUGAAUUCCAAAAAUAUUUCAUCUUCAGAGUCACCAUAAUAGCUACUGCAAUGGUAAAAUUCUAUCAUGUUAAGACCUAAUUCUAUCAUGUUAAGACCUAAUUCUAUCAUGUUAAGGCACUAAGCUUAACAGGAAUAUCACACCCCUUUGUUGCUUCUGUUGAGUAUUGGGAAAACUUAUGUCAAAAAAAGAUUGAAUGAUGCAACCUAGGGUUUAUUGCUGAUUAAAUAGCUUAUUAAAGUACUUCAUUUCCUCUUCAGUUUGUACUUGGUCAAUUCCAAAGGGACCUAAAGGUAUGCUGCAGUUUUCAAUUUCUACAUCUCUUUUUUAUUAGUGUAUGACAGCAUGUUGGCUAAUCUGUUAUCAAAUGUACCGAUGAAUUUAUUCAAUAAAGUACCUUUUUUCCUUGUCUAUGCUAAAAUGCUAGGCAAAACACACUGCUUUAUGCACUGAUCAAUUCAAAACUUCAACAUCCCCCCACCCUAGGCAACCCACAAGCAUUUGACCAUCAUCUUUGCCUGAGGGAUGGGGAAUUUGAACCUUGCCUGGUUGGGGUGGGGAAUUUGAACUGAAAGUGUCAAGUCUUUCCAGUGAAACGCAAGUGCUAUAUAUUUGAAUAUAGAGUGGGUAAAUUGUAGUUUCACUUUUCCAAGCACAUGGCUUAGACGAAAAGGUCUGUAAGGUCUAGGUUGUAAGGCUUGGUCAAUGUGUGUAAAGUCAUGAUCAAUGAUUUUACCUUUUGCAAAACAAAAUUAAUAGUGGCAUUUGAACACAAUUUUUUCCUUAGGGGUGACAAUUUGAACAAACCAAUUCUUAAUAUGCUAAAAUACCUGGAAGGUUACCUUAAGGCAGGGUAAUGUUGAAGAUUAGAAUUGAUUGAUGCAUUGGGAUGGAAAUGUUUGAUAACUCAAGGGCUGUACAGUGUUCAAGAGCCAAAUUUGCUAUAGCACUUUAAUGGCCAACAUUCAUGCAAAUUUGAUGGGAAUUUGUGAUGCAUGGCUGUAUUUAUGGGUUUUCAAGGGGAGUUCAGUAUGUACUUACUGUGCACACCAUGCUGUCAUAUUGGCCACUAUUCUUGGAACAUCUGGAGGAGAUCAUGCUUGGGGAGUUGUUUGUGUGAUAAAGGUCAUUUUUUAGUUGAAUAUUUAGUUUCCUUAUUUAAAUAAUCUUGUCAUCAUUUCUCACUGUAAAAAUAUAAAGCCAGUUCUUAUUUUUAUAGAAGUGAUUAAUGGAAGUGAUGUCUUGAUUCUUUGCUUAAUGUGAGAUAUUUUUGUACCUGAAAUAGAAAAUGACAAGAGAUUGGUGUAAGUUUAGCAAAGACACCAAACAUCCAAUGGAUACAUUGAAAUAUAAAAUUGCUGGCAACAGAAUCUAUUACUACCCAAUAGAUAUAUUUGAACUGGUUGAAUUUGAUCUAGAGCAUCCUUUUAGAUUUGUGUUAUUUGUGGUGUAGCUGAGUAGAAGUUACUCACUGAAGCUUUCUAAAGAGACAUUUCUGUGAAAACUCAAGAACUGUGUUUGUCUAUCACAAAAUUUUGGGGGAAUGUGGAAUAAAGUGCAUCAUGCCCAAAGAUUCACGUGAGAAAUACUGGAAGAAUGAAAAUUACUAAGCACCUAUAGAGACCCUGAAGCAGCUGGUGGUUUAGAUGGAGUUUGAUGAUUUGGUCAAACUCAUAAGCUUUCUAUACUUUAGAUAAAGACAGACAUCUAUUAGAAAUUGAUCUAGAAGGCAAGGUACAUUUUUCCAAAUUACCCAUGUUGGUCUUCAGCAUUGACCAAUGAUAGCCAACCUGGUAGAAAUACAGUUGUUGGCCAAAUACAACAAGGUAAACAGAGACCUGUUGAAUUUUAUCAAAGUCCUCUUCAAUGUGCUUGGGCGGAACUUAUCAAAGCCAAACUGGUAUUGUCUUUGAAAAUGCAGACAGACAUUGCAGAAGAGUUUUACAAUAAGACAUUUCAAAGGUUGAUGAAAGGCAGACAUUGUUCACUUUCCUACCAAAGGGGCUCCAGCAGAUCAAGUGUGGUGAAACAGUUCAAUCACAAUGUUUGUUGUAUUUUCACAGCAGGUUUUUUUUAAAAAAAGAUCCAUAGAAAGUUACUUCCUCUUUACAAAUUAAAUUGUUCUAAUAUUGGCUGUCUUGAAGCAAUGUUUGUCUACCUGCAUUUUAUUUUUUAAGACUCACACAACUUUUUGAAAUAUGAUGCCGAAAAUGUACUAGUGUUGAGCUGUGAUGCCAAAUAUUACAGUAGCAAGAAUCAUCUUUGAGUGAAAACACAGUUCAAUAGAUUCAGCAUCAAUGAAAUGUGUACCCGAUAUCACCUUUUAUAUAUGCCUUGCAAAUUUUGGUCGUCAAAACUUAAAACCUGUUGUCCUUGAAAGUGACGGUUUGAAGGCCUGGUAGCUUUUUCCUCCUACAGGUUAUAUCAUAAAUAAUGAAUAAUCUCAGAGACAGAAAUACAUUCAUUAACAACCAUUAACAAUUUAAUCUUCAUCUACAUGAAAAUACCAGCAGGUUGCUAAGAUGAUGUGUCCUCUCUUGAUAGGAAGCUUUGGAAGCAAGUAAACAAGAUGCUUGGCAUGCUAAACAAAAGCAAGUAUGUGUACCCGACUUUAUGUCAACUGGCUUAUGAGAUAAUUGAUUAUCAAAUAUUUUUUGAUGAAAACAGUCAUAAAUUGAAGUAGGGAAAUGGAACAGUUAUUCAGAGUAGUUGUUUAUAGAACUUUACUUGGAUGAGAAUGAUAAAGUGAUUAAAAUCGCCUGCAGUAUAAGAUGAUGGCCUCCUAUGCAAUAAUUUGUGACUCCUAUAUUCCAGGGAUGGUAGUAGUCAUGUGAAGAAAGGUGAGAAAAUAUAGGAGGAUAGGUGUUGAGUUGGUCUAGAGAAUUAGAUCAGAUGAAAAUAUCCAUGGUAGAAAAAUGAUGAAAUAAAUACAAUGAAUACUUAGUUGGAAUAAUAUACCAUCACUGAAAACAAUCCUGGCCUACCCAUGUGGUCAGAUCACAAACCUCUUGAACUUUGUAUUGAGAUCUACCCACUUCCAGUACAAGGGAUCAAUUUGCAAACAGACAGAGGACACAGGAUCUGGAAAUGCUAUGUAGACAGCACCUUCCAUUCACUUCACCAUGGAGACAGAAAGCACCAGCAAAGUCUCCUUCUUUGACACCACAGUUACAAGAAAACCUGAUGGACACUAAACAACCAGCUCAUACUAGAAGCCAACACACACUGACCAACACCUACCAUAUGAUUCACACCAUCUGCAAUCAGUAAAGCCCAAUGUUGUCAAGUGCCUCUAUGAGUGUGCAAAACAUCUUGUAACAAAACCCUCCACCAUCUCUAAGGAAAAGAAACAUCUGUUAUCUGUUCUCAUUUCUAUUGGUUACCCUACCUCUUUAAUGCAGAGCUAGGGUAGCAAAAACCAAGAAACCAACUGCCCACCAAGUUCAGAUCCACAGCAGUCCUGCCCUAUGUCGAAGGCCUCUCCAGACAACUUUGCUGCUAUCUACAACAACAAGGCAUACAGGUUACAGCGAAAACAAAGAGCCCCAAAAGUUAGACCCUAAGACCAGAAAACAAAAACCCAAGAAUGAAGAUCACUUUAUUUUGUUUAUUAAACACAAUCUUGUCAUGGUUUCUCACCAGUAAUAUUCAGCUCUAGUGUUAUUUUUUUUUAAUAGCGGCAAAGCAUGCAAUCAAACACUGCAUUUAGAUUCAAAGACCCUGAAAAUGAAGACAUCAAAAAAAAUACCAAUUUAGUUUCCUUAUUUAAAUAACCUUGUCAUCAUUUCUCACUGGAAAAAUAUAAAGCCAGUUUUUAUUUUUAUAGAAGUGAUUAAGCAUGCAAUAAAAAACAGGUUUUAUGUGAAAAGGCCCAGAAAAAGAAGACCCUUAUGAGAAGGCCUGAAAAUGAAGAACCCCCUAUUUUCAAAACAACAUGGCGACUCUGAAAGAAUUGCACCGCAUUCGCCCCCUAUCGAGUUUGCCCCUACCUUAUGCCGUGUUCGCCCCCACACUUUUCGAGUUCGACCCCAUUAAGUCGAGUUUGCCCCUUGAUUGAGUGAUAUCCAGAUGAGUUGAUUUGUGACGAAGGCACUAGCAGAAUGUGCUAAAUGUCACAUCAGCGACGACCAUUUUGAAUUUUGGCAAUUGCAUGGAACCUGCUUGGGAACUGGGUUGACGGAAUCAACUAAACACUCUGCGUAGGAUCUGGGGUUACCAAAAAUAACUGUAUACACAGAACUUGUGAUAAAGAGAACCGCACUUAAUCAAAACAACAUUGCUUAACUUAUUAUUCAGACUGGAAAAGAUGUAAAACAACCUGGGUUAAUCUAACGAACAUGAAAUGUGUUGACCGUAACAGCCAGACUUGAGAAGAUGCAAACCACGCUUUCAUCGUGACAUCAUUGCUUAAGUUGUUAGACUUGUACCUAUUUAGCUUUAUUUAUGAAAUUAAGACUGAAGAAUUUACAAAAGCACGAUUUGAUCACACUUUUGAUUAUUUAAGACUUCUUAAGAGAAUGCCUUGCACACUUCCUUGUGUUUUCGGUCCUAGCAACCAUACUUGAGAAGAUGUAAACCACGCUUUCAUCACAACAGCAUUGCUUAAGUUGUUAGACUUGUACCUCGUUUAGCUUUAUUUAUGAAAUUAAGACUGAAGAAUUUACGAAACCACAAUUUGAUCAUGCUUUUGAUUAUUUAACAAUUCUUGAGAGAAUGUGUUGCACACUCCAUUGUGUUUUAAGGUCAUAGCAACCAGACUUGAGAAAAUGCAAACCAGGAUCGCAAACCAUGCUUUCAUCGUAUUGUGUUAAUCAUAACAACCAGACUUGAAAAGAUGCUAUUAGCCCCAUACUAUUGUAAAACAAAUCUGUUUUCCCACUGGCAAUCUAUUGUUUUUGUCAUUGUUCUCUCAAUCCAAGAACUGAAUGCAUAAUGUAGUAUGGGGCUGUGCGGAAAUUUUACCGACAGAGGCAAUGCCACAAUGCGAAAAGAGAGGAAGGUUGACUAGGGUAAAAGACUUCAACUUCUCCAUUAUCAAUAAGUCUAUCACUUGCAAUCGUUGAAAAACAGUUUUUUUAAAACCUUUAACAUGGAUUCCUGCAUCGUCUGCGAUCAAAUCGUUGUUCUUGUCAAGAGGCCCUCCUUUGCAACGGAUGUGAACGUUGGCAACACCGUACCUGCCAAACUGGCAUCAGCCAGCAAGACUACCGUGGAGCAGCAGUUCUGGCGAAUCAAUCAAUUGGCACUGUGAAGAGAUGAGCCUUAAAUCGAUCUACACUUUGCUAGCUACAAUGUCUUCCUCCAGUUUUUAUUUGACAUUGCUUCAGCUGGGUAAAGUCCCAUUACAGUACCACCUUUAAAGAUGAAAGCUGUUUAAGAAUCAACAAGAAAAACAAGAAUCCAACUGUAGUUCUCACAUGAUUCCCACUGCCUCUUAGUUUUAAGGGGAUGACUGCAGAAUUAAGAGAAUACAUGUAAAGCUGGUGUUUGAGUGCAUGUGUUAUUGCUCCCAGAAAGGUUUAAAGGGGAGGUGGAUAUUUCCAGCAAGAAACCGUAUUGAGAUCAUGUUUAAUAAAGAAAAUAAAGGGGUCUUUGUUUUUGGGUCUUAGUUGUAGUUCAUCUUUUUUUGGGUCUUAGGUCUUAAGGGGUCUUCAUUUUCACUACAACCAAUCUAGAAUUGAAGGUCUGUGAGAAGGCAGCAUUCUUGAAAGGGUGCAAUGACACAGAGUACAUCUAAAUGAAACAAAAGGGCCAUGAGUUCACUGCAUUCUUCCUGGGAAUGCCACAGAAUAGAGUUGCAAUAAUAUUAGAUAAUAAAAUAUGUGACUUUCAUAUAUUCUUAGCCAUUUAUUUGUCACUUCAUGGGUUUAUUUGGAACCAACAUAAUGACCAGCUCUCAGUUGGCUUGUUAGCUCAGUUGGUAGAGCACAGCACUGGUAUUGCAGAGGUCAUGGGUUCAAAUCUCGUACAGGCCUGAAUUUUUUUCAGGCCUUAUUUUCACUACUGCUCAAGUAGUGUACAUUACUGCAAGGAUCACUUUCAUUCACGAUAUUAGAUAAUGAUAAUAAUAAUAAUAUUAAAGUAAAUGGAUGGUUUGGGAAUUUCCUGCAUUCUUCUAGGAUAUGCAACCUAUUAUAGUCACAAAAAAGUUCAAAUAAUGGAAACUAUUGCAACAUUUGUUAAAAUACCUUGCAGGAAUUGAUGAAAACAAUGACAAUUAGCCAUGAAGAUGAUGAGAGGAAGAAGGAAAAGCCUAUUGUGAUGUCAUUUAAUGAGUUUCAACCCAUGAGAUCCACAACAGGGAUAAAUUCACCAAAGCUUGAAGAAUCUUCCAAAACAGGACUUGAUAAUUUUCCUGCCUGGCCUAAUGGUUUUCCUGUAAGUACAAGGGGAAGUACAAGACAUUCAAAAGGUCAGAUUUAGAAUUUUGUUAAGUUUAACAUUGCUUGAUAAAAAUGUUUCUAACUUUAAAAGAUAUGGAGUACAUAUUUAGGUGGGCACUGUGCCCUAUUGGAAAUAUGUACAGGAAUGUGUCCUUGACAAUUGCUGUAGAAGACUGCUUUGUUCUGUAUGGAUAAUAUAUGUAUGUUGAUUAGCCCUGGGCUAAAAGCAAAGCUCUCAUUAUGGAAUUUUCACUGUCCUUCAUUUUAUUAGAACCAACCACAGGCUGUUGAGGCAUAUAGCAUGACAUAACAGAUAUCAAUUUGAAUUCUGUUGAUCACUCCAUAACUCUGGGAGAAAAUUCUACCUUUGUCUAAACCUUCCCAGACAUAUGAACAAAAGACAAUAGCAAGAUGUUGGAAACAAAACUAAAUCUAACUAAAGGGGAGGCAGGGGAUAAUGCAUUUAAUCCAGGUUUAAUGCAUAAAUUAAUCAGACUACAGUGAGUGUCAGUGAUUUUAGUUUCAUUCCAAAACCUCAUGGUAUGACAUGGUCAUACCAGGAGGUAAAAUGGGCAAAAAAGCAUUUUUCACACAGGAUUUUAUCCAACUGUUAAACCCAUUCAGCUUUCCGUUUAAUUUUCCCAUCUGUUGAAUGCUUUCCUGAAUUUGUUGAAAACAUGUGUUCCAUGUGGUUCAUAUAUAAUUUAUAUAUAUAUAUAAAUUAUAUAUAUGUUGUGAUAGGGGAAAAAAACAGAGAGACUAUACUUUCAUCCCUACAAGCCUGUUUCAUGAUUGCUCACUCAUCAGGAUUUUUUUGUUAAGAAUUUUAGUACCAUUGUUUAUAUGCUUUAUAAAUUUACAUAAAAAUAAUACUUCAAUUGUUAUGCAGUAAGGUUUUGUUUCUGUGACGGCAUGAGAACACGAGUUCAUUACAUUUAUUGAGUGGUGAUAAUUCAGGUCAGCAAAGGCAGAGGUUGCAUCUUUUGUUUGCACUGUUGUAUCAGAAUGAUGUGGUGUGGUUUCAGUAUUUAGUCUUGAAUGCGUUUGUUGUGGUUGUUUUUGAUCUGUUUAGUGUUGUUCAUGCAGCUGUAACUGAUCUUGAUUGUGUUAAGAUUAAUGAAUUUUUCUAAGUUUGUGGUCUUUUGGGAAGUGCUUGUCUAUUAGGGCAAGGAAGCUGUGUCCGAUAUUGUUGCUUACAUUUUUGCUGUAUGGGGGGUUGUACCAGAGAAUGUUGUUCCACAGCAUCAGUGAUCGAGUGGUUUAAAGCCAUUAAAAACAAGAAACACCACAGUUUUAUUUGUUUUAACAUAGAAGAAUUCUACCUCUCCAUCAACCAGUACCUCCUGAACAGAUCACUCGACUUCACCUCAGCCUACAAUAACAUCACUGACAACAAAAGAAACAUCAUAACACAUGCAAAACAAUCAAUCCUUGUGCACAAACAACAACCCUGGCAAAAUAAGGGCGAAACAUCAAACCGAAAAGCAAAAAAACAGAAAACAUCAAAAAAGAAAUAUGCUGCAUCUUUAACCACAAUAGACUAUGGAUCACCAUUGAAGCCAACAAAUAGACCAUCAAUUUAUUAGACAUAACUUUCAACCUGAACAAAAACACCUACCAGCCCUUCAAAAAGCCUAACACCAAACUACAAUACAUCCACUGCAAGAGCAACCACCACAAAGAACAUACCCACCAUUAUCAACAAAAGACUGUCAUCCCUUUAAUCUGACAAAGCAUCCUUCAACUAAGCUACUCCGCCAUACCAAAAAGCACUCGAUGAAUGUGGAUACCAGUACACUCUACACUACAAACCACCCACGACUAACAACCAAAAAAACACAAUGAAACAACAUUCUCUGAUACAACCCCCCUUCAGCAAAAAUGUCAGUACCAAUAUCGGACACAGAUUCCUUGCCCUAGUGAACAAGCACUUCCCGAAAGACCAGAAACAAAAAUCUUUAAUCAUAACACAAUCAAGAUCAGUUACAGCUGCAUGAAUAACACUAAACAAAUCAUAGACAACCACAACAAACGCAUUCCAAAUUCAUCCAAACACAUCAGUGUUACCAUAGAUAACACCAACACAAAAGACACCAAAACUUGCAACUGCUGACAGAAGAACACAUGCCCACUUAACAGAAACUGCUGCCAAUCAUCUCUAAUUUACCAAGUCACUGUCACAAGCAAGGACAACAGCACCACUGAAACAUACAUCGGACAAGUACAGAAAAUGACUUCAAGACUAGGUACAGAAACCAUACCGCAUCAUUCCAACACACAAAACUCAGAAACUCAGAAAUAGUUUUAUAACAUAGCACGCAAAUUUGUCUAAUCAAAUUCAAUUGUGUGAGCGUACUUCAUAUUCCUAUUGUGCACGCUCAUGAUGUCAGCAAACAAAUCCCUCAAGAAUUUUGUAUUCAAUCAGAUGAUACAGUUCAUUUACACGCAUGAAUUCACCUGUCAGUUUUUUGACCAAUUUAAGACAAGAUCAUUUGCAGCAUGGCAAAAUGUUUUCCUGAAACAAAAUUAUCAACACACUGAAGAGUAGCAGAGGGAAUAUUAACCCUUCUACAACAUUCAAACCAUUGGGUCGAAAAUGUUAUAAAACAAUUGGUUCAUACAUCAGCGUGCGUUCAUCGAGAUAUGAAGCACACAGGAAGUUUGGAGAGCACGAAAGAUGCGUAAGAGUUGCUCAAGGAAUAGCCGAGAGCAAUUCUAGCUUCUUGAGUGCUCUCCAAACUUCCCAAGUGCUUCAUAUCUCGAUGAAUGCACAGCUGACGUAUGAACCAAUUGUUAAUUUGCUAAUAACUUUUUUUAAUCACCAGGCAAAGGAACCUGUUUUACCUUUCAUUGCUAUUGUUGGUGGUAAAAAAGCAAAAAUUCAUUAAGGGUUGCUAUUUUUAAGAACUUUUACUCCUUUUGGAUGGUUAUUGAUUUUAUAGAUAAAUAUUCUUUAUUUUCUCUUUUCUCUAAUUAGGAAUUGCUCUUAAUGAAGUGCAGGUAUGUGACAAUAAAGAGCCUUCAUUUUUGUUGGGGAAAGAAAAAAAAUUAAAAUGUGAGAGUACUAUUUAUUAUUUCCCAAAUAAGAAAUUUGAAUGUAUAGAUGAAUUACAAUUGAAGAAACUGCAGUAAAAGAAGAGCAUGAACGUAUUCAGGCUUUAAUUCUUGUUGGGCAGUAUUAAAUACUAAGAUUGUUGAGUGCAAGUCAAAUUUUAGUGCCUCAGAAGGUUCCAUGUAGUAAGUUAGAAAAUAUUUUAAGGUACUUAUGAGCAUCCAGUCUUCUUCAGCAUAAUCUGUUGCACAGGUCAGUAUAAAUUAGCAAAAAAUAUCCUUUUGCUGUGUAAACCCAUGAAGGCAAAAAAGUAGGACAGAUACAGCCAGGAAGUUUGAAUUCUAAGCUGUAGUCACAUCCCAAUAGGGAUAAUUGGAUAACAGAUGUACAUCUAUCAAGAAGGGUUGAUCAGUUUUCCAUGAUGUUAAAAUGUUUUUCUUGGCUUCAGAGAACUUGGUCAGCAAAACCAAAGCUGAUAGAUUGAUCUCUUCUCAACAUUUUGCCCACUAGUUUCAAAAAAGAGCCUUGUAAGUUCCUUUUUUCAGGUCAACUAAGUUUCAGUGUCAAGCCAUUGGUCUGAUUUUGCCCCUCCCAUGUUUUUAAAACAGUUUUCACUCACACUCUGUUUAUCCACCAUCAAGCACUACAUGCCAUAGAAAACUUUGAUUUUCAAAAAAUCAUAAAAAAUUCUCAACAUUAUGUCAAAUGCUGAAACUUGGCACAAAGUCCUAUAAUUACAAUUCUUCAUCAUUCACUGUGGGGUUUUUUUUACAACAAAAUUUUUCAUGAAUUUUUAGCUGUUUCCUUUUUGAUGUAGCAGGAAAACAGGCACUACUUGAAAAACACAAAGAAAUUGUUGGAAACUUGUUUUUUGUGCAAACCAAAGCCAAUUAUGAAUCACUCAUGCCAUUAUCUUGGGUUAUCUUGAACAUUUGAUUCUGAUAGCUCAUAUCACUUUGAUCUAUAUACCCCUGGUCUCUUGCUCUCCAACUCUCUUGCUCCUCACAUUCAAAUUUGCGCAAAUUGACUAAGUUUAUUGAAGUUGUCUUGCUGUUUACCAAAUUUACUCCUUUUUUGACCCAGUUUCACAUGCAGUCACAAACAAUAAGAAGGUCUGAGGUUCAAUUCUUCAUGGGCACUCAAAACUUUUUCUUUGUCCCACGCUUUUGACAAGAUGAAAAAACAUCUUUUCACAAUGAGGAAGUUACUUCUAUUUUUCUCAUAGGCAAUAACAAGAUGAAAAUCAAAAUUUAUAAGCUUAUACUUCUUAAUUUCCUAGACCAUGAUGCAUUCAACUGCAUACUGCUUAUCUCAUUUAGGCAAUAAGGUUUUCUGGGUAUGCAUCACUCUAUGUUAGUAAUAUUUCAAAUUCAUUCCUUUUGCGUCUCAAUAAAUUUAAUGCUACGAAUUGAGUAACCCUUUUAUUACUGAACAAAUAGGAUUGCAUGCAUGCAGUAAUAGGAAGUGAUGUAUACUGCCAAUCAGUUGGUGAAAGUGUUCAUGUAUAUCUUUGUGACCUCAAAUUCUCACUGUUUCAGUAAUUUUUCUAAAUAAAGCCACCCACAGUUACUGUUUGAUAAAUUACUGUGUUAAAGAACAACAGUCCCAUAUGUCUUGAAAUGUAAACAUGAAAAACCAUUUCCUCAACUAGGCCUCCUGACACAAAUAAAACACAAUUGAGUGUGAAGUUUAUUAAGUAUACAAACCAACAAUAAGCAAAAGCCAAUGAUAUGCCUAAUAAACCUCUCUGCCACCCUAUAACUUCACACAAAAUCACCCAGGGUGGGAGGGUGGGUGGGAAGAAAAACAAAACAGUACAAAAUCUCUGGUGUACGCUUGAAGUGAAAACUGAUGCAAAAUGAAACACUGAAUUCCUAGUGUCUGAUAUAAGAGGGUGUGUGUUUCACAACUAAUCCCUUUGGACACAUGCUUGUCCAAAGGGGGUAAAUUUAGUCCUAUAGAUGUGUAUUUUAGCAUUGGUGUCAGUUAUUUUUCAGUCUAAGAUUUCGUUAUUAAUCAAAUCAAAGGUUAAGAGCAACAAUGAGAAGAACGAUAAACCUGGGAUGUCAGCCUUACUCUCAAACAGAUCCAAUAAUGGAGGUAGAAUUCCAGACCACUCCACACAAAUGUUAACAGAAAAAGUGAGUAGCUUGUUUAAAAUAUUGCAAAGAUUAGUACACCUUUGAGUCUUAUUAUUUGCAUAUAUAGGCAAGGAAUGUUGUCCAUGAAUUAGCACCAAUUUUUAUAUUCUUUGUUCACAUGAACAAAUAAGUAAACAAAGAAGAGAAAGAGAGAGAGAUAAAAACAAGUGACUAGUGUGAUAUAGAAUAUUGAAUUAAGUCCUAUAAUAAUUUACUUGAAAAUCAGAGGUUUUGAUUCGGAAAACCUUACCAUCUGUGACAUUAUAUAAGUUAACUUAUAAUCUUAUUUUAAACUUCAGGGUGUUAAGAAACUCUUACCUUUGAUCCAGGUAGAUUUUGUAUUCUGUGGAAUUUCCCUUACAAAAAGAUUAUUACCUCAGCAAGCUGAAUAUAACAUGUUGAGAAUGAAAAGCUGAUCUCUUAACUAUCAUGGAAGCCAAUCACUUGCUGUGUGCAUUGUACAGUAUUUGUAUUCUUAACAAAAAGCUGAAACUGCAUUUGUCUGUCUGGUCUUCAAAAUUUUUAAAGAAGGCCAUGGAUGAUGCAUCUGGCAAACCUUUUACACAAUACACCCAUUUUCUACCUAAGGUAAAAUUGUUUGCUUACAGAUAAUAAGAAGCACUUUUUCAUUUAACAGGUGGUGCAAUUCUAUUCUUAAUGAGAAAGAUUACUUAAAUUUGUAUUCUGCUAUAACUAAAAUUGUUUUGAAGAAUUUAGAUAAAUAAUAUUCUGUUAUAUAUACACCACAAAGUUGAUCUCAUUUAACUCUUUAGUGGUCUUAAGCUUAGAAUUAAACUUUGAAAAGUAAACAAACAAUUCUAACUUCUACAGCUAAUCAUAAAGCAUUAAAGUUGGUUGGUGUGUAAUAAUUAUUCUAUUAAAGCAAACAAAAAAAUGUGGGAAUUCAUGGUUUUUUGGCAGGUCAGAAUGAAAAAAUCCCUCUCUUUUGCUGCAUUUUUACUGAUUCCUUACAUUAAUGCCUCCAUUUUCCUUCUUUUGCUUUAGUUAAUCUGUAUUAUGUUAUAAUAUACUGGGAAUUUAUGUAAUGGCCUUUGUGUACCGGUAUAUGUAAUUGGUAUUUUUGUUCUUUCAAUGUUAGAAACUACUCCCAGCUGCCCAUGAAGACCAGUUACGUGCAGAAAUGGUUCACAUUAAAGAAAAGCUUUUCAAAUCAAAUCUUGAACUCAGUGAGCUUAAGAAAAUGAGGACUGAACAUAUCACAAUGAUUGAAGAUCUAAAAGUAAGUAUAGAAAAUUUCUGCACUUGAAUUUAUUGGUUUUAAUGUUUUGAUUGAUGUCUGACUAUGUGCAACACCACCUUGAUCAUGGUGAUAUUGCUAUCAAACUUGUAUAUAGUAAAGUUUCCCAAAGAUCUGUAGCAAUCUACAUGUUCCCACAGAAUAGGCGGUUGUGCUGCACAGUGAAUAUUGACAUGAAUAACAAGCAAAUACCAGGAAAAGAUAGUGCUUAAAAUCUCAAUGAGAUAGUUGAAAUGUUUGAAGAAGGCAACAUUCAGUUGUUCAGUGGACAAAUUUUUUAAGAGUUGAUAAAUGGAUGGAGUCGUGAUCGUGUUACCAAAAUGGCAAAUGAAGUUAUUAAGGUGGCUCACAUUGGGUUACCCCAAUUAUUUUAAAAAAAUAACUGUGUAUAUUUUCAAAAAAAUUAACUAUUUUCAAGGGAGGAAACAGAAAAGCGUUAAAACUAUGAUCUCUUGAGGAGCCACCUGGCUAAGGGGCAAACCUGUAGUCAUGCCAUCUACUGUGUACCAUUGACUUGGAAAAAAAUAAAAAAAUAAAUACCAGAAUGUAAUAAAAAAUUUAGAGGUAAACUGUUCCAUAGCUCUGGAGCAUCCACAGUAAGGGAUCUUGCUCCAUAUAAUUUAAGGUUAUAAUAAACGCAUUUUAAAAGAGGGUCAAAUGAUGACCACAGGCUUCUUGUAGGGAUCUGGGGGAAACUUAGUCUUAAAUAUGACUUGGAGAUUCAUCAUGCAAGGCUUUGGAGGUUGGCAAGAAUAUUUUGAAUUUAAUGCACUUAGCAAUGGGUAGCCAGUGGAGUUGAAUGAAGAUCAACAUUACAUGUAUGUGGUCAUAUUUUUGAGAGUCAGAUAUUAUAUGUAUGUGAUCAUAUUUUCAAGAGUCAGAUAUUACAUGAGUAGCAACGUUUUGAAUAUAUUGGAGCAUCUUAAGAACAUACUGUGGAACACCAAAUAGAAGAGUGUGACAGUGGUCAAGUUUAUAAGAACCAAAUGAGUGAAUACAGCAGAAAAAAUCCAAAAUUGAACCAAGAACAGAGCCUUGCAGAACACCAAUUUCUAGUUCAUGAGUUAGGGACUUUUCUUGAUCAAUUACAAUGGCAAACUUCUAGUUCAAUCUUCUUAGCAAAAUAUUAUAGUUACAAUGAAGCACCAAGAUGGCAUUCUUAAGUGUCAAUAAUGAGAGAUACAUGUUUAAAUACCACUUGUCUUUUGAAACUGCUGUAAUUUGUUGAUUAUAUGUAUAAUGAGACUUAAACAUAAACUUGAAAUCAGUUUUAUUUUCCCUGAUACCUAUAGCUAAAGCUUACAUACAGAACAGGAAAAAUUUAAGAUUGAUCCAAAUGAUCGAGUGUAAUAAAGGACCAAAUCUGGUUUCCAGUCUUGCAACAAGUACACAAAGAGCCCAUACUGGUUUAAAUACCACUUUCCAUUCAGAAUAACUGAACUGAAAACUAAUAGAGAUUUAAUACAAAGAGUGGAAUUUCUUUGCUUGUCCAUAAACACUGUCAGGUUCAAUUAUGUAAUAGCAGCACUUCUUUCUGUGCAGAGACAAAUUUUACUCUGUUUGUAUAAAUGUUGUAUGUUCCUCCUUAAAUGUUCAACCCUUGAAAGAGAUGUAAGACUUGCUGAAGGAAUUGUUGACUUCCUUUUUAACCUCCACUAAGAAUGCACACAGAACUUUAUCAGGCUUUUUUGCACUUCUGAAUUUACAAUCUCUUUUUCUUUUGUACUCAAAAACUCUUUGACCAAAGCAAUGUCCAUGUUAGCUUUACUCAUUGCAUCUUGAUAAAAUCUUCUAAGAGUAAAGCAAGAGGAACAUAGCAGAGAGCCAAAGUCAUGUUUUUGAAACAGAAAGCUUGAGUGGGUACUGAUUUGAACACAUCACUUUUCAGAUGCCAUUUGAGUGCUUUGCUUUGAUUGGCUUAGUGAUUCUACUCUGGAUGGUGGUUUGUUAAUAUACUUUUGAUAUGUUAAGAUUGCAAUACUCAAAGCUGAUUGGACAUAUCUAUUUUUCAGAUGUGAAAAUGUAGCACAUACAGAAUUUUAUUUGCAUGGUUUCUUGCCUAAAAUUCUCACUCUAAAUAGUGGUAAUUGAACUCAGUGGAGUGCAGUUUGGUCUGAAAUCAUGUGCGUGAUUUCAAAAUCAAAGUAGUGGGUAGCACUAAUUUGAUUUGAAAACAAGUAUGAUUUUAGCCCAAAAUUGCACUAUUUAAAAUUCAAUUACCACUUUAUUACAUCCAUUUUGAAAUCGCACAAUUCAGUCACUCAGAUAAAGGAUUUUGUAGUUUUGUAGAGCUGGUUUGUAGAAAGUUUCAAUUCUUUUUUUUUUUUUUUCCAUUUUCGUACAAUUUGAUUGGUUUCUUCAAACAAUCGAUUGUGGCAUUUUAUUUAAGUGUCCUCAUUGGCUGGGAAAAAGAUGUAAUUUAGAGAAAAACAUGGUGCUUUCCUUGAAUAAAUUGCACCAUUGCGAGCAAGUCAGAUUACAAGGAUUACCUGUGAUUUUAAAAUGAAUGUAAUAAAUAUAACAAGAGCUUGUAUUACUUCUGCCCUUCAAUGUUUCUACUCAUCAAGUUAUCUCCAUGGGCAUACACUGGCCUCUUUCUGGCUGGUACUUGAGCUUGUUCUGAUAAUGUGUCCUUUCGAGCAAAUUGACUGCAAUGGCUAAAAAUAAGUAGUUACAGAGCUUGGUUUAUUUUAAUAGUAGUAGUAAUAAUAAUGAUGAUGGUAAUAAUAAUAAUAGUAAAAAAAUGAUAAUAAUAAUAGAUAAUUGAUUGUGACUUGUGGCUUGUGGCUUGUGUCUGGUGUUGUGGGCAUGCUCUGAAACGGCGGAGGUCUCGGUACUGGCGGGUCGAAUGUCUCGAUCGUGCUCCUUAAUUCUGUCUUUCAUAGGUCUUCCAGUCUCUCCAAUGUAUACCUUCCCACAUUCACAGGGAAUCCUGUAAACUACGCCAUCUUGUUUAGCCGGGUUGACAGCGUCUUUUGGUCGUACUAACUGAGAUCUUAGCCUGGUCUCCGACUUGAAAACAGCGCGUACGCCUUGUUGUUGUAGGCAACGGCGAAGCUGUUCGGACAGACCUUUGACAUAUGGUAAAACGGCGCCACCAUAGGGAGUCCGGUUUCCGCUGUUAUUGCUAACCUCUACAUGGAGAGUUUCGAAGAACAGGCGACAACUACAUCAUUCUACGAGCCUAGGAUCUGGAAACGCUACGUGGACGAUACCUUUACCAUCCUGGAUCGCAAAAAAAGUUGAUGCCUUCUUACAGCAUUUAAACAACCAGCAGCCUUCCAUCCGCUUCACCAUGGAGACAGAGAAAGACAACAGACUCGCCUUCCUAGACACCGCAGUUUUAAGAGAACCUGACGGCCGCCUCACCACCAGCGUAUACAGGAAGCCCACGCACACCGAUCAAUACUUAGCGUAUGAUUCACACCACCCUCAAUCAGUAUAACGCCGUAUUGUUAAGUGCCUUUACGAGCGCGCCAAACGUCUCGUAACAAAACCCUCUGUCAUCUCCGAGGAGAAAAAAACAUCUUUCAUCUGUUCUGGUUUCUAAUAUCUAUAUCUAUAUCACACGUGACAUCGUGAGAUAAACGAAAAACUUAGCUUUUAUUGUUAUUCACCACGAUGAAUAACCACAACCUUUUCUGCGAGCCUGCUCCGAACUCUACGGGCCGUGAGAUUGAUAGCAACCCGAUCGUCGAACGACCUUGUAACCUUUCGGUUCGGUCAAAUACAAAAACGGCUCCUGUAGGAGCCACCCAAUCUAUAAAGGUCAUGACCAACGAAAGUUCUCUGUAUUUCACUGUUUGACCACAUUUCUUGUUUCCGGUCGCCCUAGCUCCCACGCACAUAUAAACUUUCAAAAUGGCCGUCGGUCAAUUAAAAUUCAAAACUUGUCUUGGUUCUAACUUGUUUGCAAUGUUCGAUAGCAACUAAUUUAGACAUGACUCAAUCUGGGGGCGAACUCGACUUAUCGCCUGAAGAAGACUAGCAGUAUGCAGUCGAAACGUCGCGAUCUACAUCACACGUGACUACAUCGUGAGACAAACGAAAAACUUAGCUUUUAUAAUUAUAACAUUAUUUAUAAUAAAAUAAUUAUAACAAUAAAAGUGGUUAUAUCAUUGUGAUAAUUAUAUUGAUGAUGUUUGGUGUUAAUUCAUGAUAAACUUUUUAAUAUUCCGGAUACUUAGUCCAUUUUGAUUUAUGUGUUUUUAGAAAGAAUUGCUUCAAGUGAAAAAGAGAAAUAAGCAAUUGUGUUACAUCCUCAGCCAAGCAGAAAGUAAGUAAAGUCCUUUAAAUAUUUUGUUAUUAAUAUGGCUGCUAGUUACAAAUUUUACAAAUGACAAGUUUAUGAGAAUAUUCUGAUCUUAACUAGCUCAUAUAGCUGAAGAAUAGAAAAAUGAACUCCACAAGUAUUGCAAGGAGGCUGUCUAACUGUCAUCAUCAAUGACAAUUUUUGGAGGAUUAGGGGUGAUCUCUUUUUAAAGCAUGUGAUAAAUCAAACCCGUAGGGCUUCCUCUGCUGCAAACUAGCAUGUGAUUGACGAAUAAGGGGGUUAAGUUUCUAAAGAAACUGUGGUGCUGCCUCGGUGGGGGGCAAAACAAGAUGGUUUGGUUUUAUCACCUGAGUCGAUAAUGUAAAUUGGCCACCGUUAAGAGUUUCAAAGCUGACGUUUCGAGCGUUAGCCCUUCGUCAGAGUGAUCGAACGGCGAAGGGCUAACGCUCGAACGUCGGCUGUAAAUCUCUUUAUCAACUCAGUUGAUGAAAGCAAAAUGUCUUAGCAUAUGAUUGGUUUGGAUGUCUAUACGGCCCCUACAACAAGAGUCUUAACUGUUAUUAAAAAGGUAACCAGUCAAGUCGCCCGAGAGUCAUCUCGCCCGAAGUCAUAUCGCCCGAAACCUGAGUCAUGUUGCCCGAAAUUUUAGUUAUGUUACCUGAAAAAAGAAAGUCAAGUCGCCCAAAGAAACAAAUACUAAAAAGAUCAGAAUUUCAGACUGUAAAUGGGCAAUAAAGUUGAGAAUUUUUUUAUCACUAAAGCGCUCUUUGUUACCGACAACACUAUGAAGAUUCUUAAAGCGUUCUUCGUUCCUAACAACAAAGGGAAACGUUGAAAUAGGCAAUGAAGUUGAUAAAUUUUUAUCACUAAAGCACUCUUUGUUUCCGAUAACAAAAUGAAGAUUCUAAAAGCGUCGUUCGUUCCUAACAACAAAGGGAAACGUUGUUCGUUUCUAACAACAAAAUGAAGCGUUGUUCGUUUGGUAUGUAAUCGUUCCCUACUCACGGACGUUUCGUAAGCUUGAGAAACUUUAUCUUGAUUUCUAAGAAUACCAUGAAGACUUUGACUACACAGAAAUCGAUCGUAUGGUCGUAAUUGAAAUAUGUUUGAGUUACGACUCUAAAAGCGUUGUUCGUUUCUUACAACAAUGGGGAGCGUUGUUCGUUUCUAACAACAAAAUGAAGCUUUGUUCGUUUCUAACAACAAAAUGAAGCGUUGUUCGUUUGGUAUGUAAUCGUUUCUUACUCACGGAAGUUUCGUAAGCUUGAGAAAUUUUAUCUUGGUUUCUAACGACACCAUGAAGAUUUUGCCUACACAGAAAUUGAUCGUAUGGUCAGAAUUGAAACAUGUUUGAGUAACGACUCUAAAAGCGUUGUUCGUUUCUAACAACAAAGGGAAGCUAACCAAACCACACUACAUCGCCUGGGCAGCUAACAAGGUGUGCCAGCGUCUCAGGCCGGAGGAUCGCGAAGACCUUGAUUUUGUAUUGGACGACGACGCCCUACCAGAUAAUUUCCUUGUUUCUGACAUCGAAAUCAGAAACAAACGUCACCUGGUGUUUGCCGUUGAAGCUCAGCUUGAACUCCAGGCAAAAGCCAAAACAUGGUACAUCGACGGCACCUUUAAACUCGUACGACGUCCUUUUACUCAACUGCUAACAAUAAAUGCCUUUGUUAGAUCUGGCGAAAGUUGCAAGCAAGUAUCUCUGGUCACGUGCUAAUGUCGUCUCGAAAAAAGAAAGACUACAUGAAGGUGAGUUUUUGACAUAUGUCUCUAUGACUAAGUAUUCUAGCGUGUAGUUGACAUGUUCUGAAUGCAACUUCCAAAUUGUUUAUUUUUUUUUUCUUCAACAAAAUAACAAAACUUACUGAGUGGACGUCGAUCAAAAAUGACGUUACCUUUUAUUGUACAGGUCCUGGGACUAAUUGUCUCUAAACUACUGAGAGACCCAUCUGUUCAAAAAGUCGUCCUUGACUUUGAAAAAGCUAUGUGGUCCGCGACAAGAGAUGUUCUGUCCGGAGUCCAGAUAACCGGGUGCGCUUUUCAUUGGAGGCAAUGUGAUUGACGAAUAAGGGGUUAAGUUUCUAAAGAAACUGUGGUGCCUAUUCAUAUCCAAAACGAAACAGAAUCUAGACGGAAAAUACAUUACCAAGGUGUAAAUUGUCUUAUCAAAACCGGUAAAUACGAUUUUUUUGUUUAGGUUCAAGACAUUGAUCUCGGUGUGCCGUACAGCAGUGAUGACUGUAUCUACCAUUACAUCGCGGCCCUUAUGGUUCUGCCGUACCUGCCGCACCAGGAAAUUUCAGGAAUUUUCCAAAGACUGAACUCCGUGCGACCACCCAAGCCCUUCAAGACCUAGUAAAUUUUAUGUCGACGCAGUGGAUUAAAAGCUCUACAUUUUCCUCCAGUUCUUGGAGCGUCUACGGACAGCCUGUGCGUACGAACAAUGAUAUUGAGGUCUGGCAAAACGCAUUAAACAGACGCGCUUGUAGUCGAGUUCAACUACCUUUCUACCUACUUAUUCAGCUAUUACAUAGAGAAUCGGUGGUAUGUACAGUGCAAGUGCGUAUCGUAUUUAUAGAGAAUUUAAAGGUUUGAAAUUGAAGUUCAGUGACAUUUCACUAUUUGUAUGUUACUCGCUUGACUUUUUACUUGCAUGUCGAACGCGACAGUCGACAUCCGUUUACCCGGGUUUUUUUAUUUGUUUGUUAUUGUUAAGAAGCUCACAAAUCGACACAACAGAACUUUAUUUGUAUGUCACUCGCUUGACUUUUUACUAACCUUUCACACGCGACAAUUGACAUCUGUCUAUCAGGGUUUUAAACGACCGAGUACGAAUCGACAGAGUGCGAAACGUCCUUGCGCUGCAUUUUGUUUUAAUGGAAGCGGACAACACUUCCCUUUGUUGUAAGAAAACGAACAACGCUUUUAGAAUCGUUCCUCAAACAUAUUUGAUCCUGACCAUAUGACCGAUUUCUGUGAAGUCAAAGUCUUCAUGGCUUUGUUAGAAACCAAGAAAAAGUUUCUCAAGCUUUCGAAAGGUCCGUGAGUAAGAAACGAGUACAUAAUAAACAAACAACGCUCCAUUUUGUUGUUAGAAACGAACGUUUUUUUAGAGUCGUUACUCAAACCUUUUUCAAUUCUGAUCAUACAAUCGAUUUGUGUGUAGUCAAAGUCUUCAUGGUAUUAGAAACCAAGAUAAAGUUUCUCAACGCCACAUUUUGUUGUUGGAAACGAACAACGUUUCCCUUUCUUGUUAGAAACGGGCGACUUGACUUUUUUUUCGGGCGACGUCACUAAAAUUUCGGGCAACAUGACUCAGGUUUCGGGCGACAUGACUAUGGCCGAGAUGACUCUCGGGUGACUUGACUGUAAACCAUUCAACUACACGCUCAAUCUCUCUCAAUUUGAAAACGAAACUGGGCAUUAUUUGAUUUCACUUUUAACUUGUGCUCGUUGCUUUAAACAAGACCGUACACUUCUUUAUAGUCCAGAAUUUUUAAGGUUAAUCCAGAAACUCCAGAGACAGGCUAAAUCAAUUGAUAAUGGUAAUAGGACUGAGUGGAGUCCAAUUCGGACUAAUCACUUGUAUGAUUACAGACGGAAUUGGACGACCUGAAGUCUUGUUACCAAUGAAACACAGACGAAAUUUGAAAAAGAAAGUAGACAUCGGUUCUACGUUCAUUUAUAAUAAAGUUCGGGUAUAACGCGCGCUGUCAUUGGUUGAAAGAGCGUGCUCUAUGAGAGUAUAGAGCAUAGAACUGAGCUAAAGCUGUCACGCCAUCUGCCAAAUUGUACUAUGUUCGACCUUUUCCGGGACUUCUGUUUAGCUUUUUUCCGAUAAUUGAAAGUGAAAUUUCGGAACAAGCGAGCCGGCAAGUAGCAACAGAAGAACCAAAGAAAGGUUUGUAAACAUACCAGGCACCGUAAUUUACGUUAUUAAAACGUGAGCAGAUACGAAAAUCCUCAAAGGAAAAACAAAAUAGACAUUUCGAUUUUUAAAGAUUUUCACGCUCAGUUAGAUUGCAAGCUUACGCACGGUAAUAAAAAUCAAACACAGCCAACACUCGUAUAGUAUAUAAAGUUCAGAGUUCAAAAACAAAACAGAAUAAAACAGAAAUGAUGAAAAAUGUAACCAAACUGGCAUAACUGUGAAAAUUCAUACUAAUCAUGACGGUGUCUGAGCAAAUAUGAUCAUGCUGAAGUCCAUCGCGGCUCGCUUAUCAUGGCGAUCUCCGGUCAUCACAGUAAAGCAAGCCUCAGAAACUACAUCGGCCGCCCUUCGAGUGAAAAAAUAAGAGCUCGCUUUGAUAUCCUUUCCGAUGUGUUGAGUGGAAAGUCACUUCAGUCACUGCAGCCGAGUUUUGCGGCGCUGUCAUCCCGAGCGAUCUUCAUGUUCCGGUGAAUUCAGCUGUCGUUCAUUUAAGAAACACUCGCCUUGAACAGUUUGUUUUCUACCUUGUCAUGUGAAAAAACUCGCGUGCUUUUUUUAGCCAUAAUUCGGCUGAAGUUCACCGAACAUUUCACUUUAAGAUUCUGUAUUAAAAACUUCAGGCAAAAGCCUUAAAUUCGACCUGCCGAACUAUUUUAGUUUGUAAACUAUCGCAGAUUGUGAACUUUGAUGGUUUUUGAACUUUGAUGGUUUGACACUUUUGACAGCUUUUGUCUUGUACAGCCAAUCAGAUUAUUUGAACCAUUCUAACAGGGAUUCUGAUUGGCUUAUUGUAACGUACUCUAUGAGAGUUUAUAAUAAAGUUCGGAUAUAACGCGCGCUGUCAUUGGUUGAAAGAGCGUGCUCUAUGAGAGUAUAGAGCAUGCUGACGACACUGUUGUUCGCUUUGGAAAUAAAGUUUGUUUUAAAAAUUUAAAGUAAUGCAUGGGGAAUUUAACAGAUUCUUUAUUAUAAAACAAAUAGAGAAGCCUUGACUGUGAGAAGUGGGGAGAAACACUCAACUACGUCUCGUGUUUCUCCCUACACUUCUUUCGUGCUCUAGCCGCUUCCUGCGUGCUUUAUAACAGAACAGAGCACAGUCAAGGCUUCUCUAUUUGUUAAAAAGAAAACAUCAGUUAACUCGGCGGACUGCGCGACAGCAGCGCGCGCACAUAAUAAGCAUUGUCCACUUACACAGGCAUGACUUGUCAACUCUCCUAUCAAACUGUCCAAUUAGAAGCAUUGCACAUACACUGUCCCAUCAGUACUCAAAUCGGUAUGGUGAUAACCAAUCACGUUCAAGAAUUUUGUUGUAGUUUUGAUUAAAUGGGAAUCUACAGACUGGUGCAAUACAUUUACAAGUAAUUAAAAUAUUAUGUCCAAUUGUAUUAUGGAUUGUUUUGUAAACGAUAGCCCACAUUUGGCGCAAAGAUAUGCUCUGAUAUUUGUCCUCGGACUUUAUCUGUUCCGAGAGCAAAGCUCGUGGAAAACUGUAACGGGAAUAGCUGAUGUCCAAGGACAAAUUUAGUUCAUAUUUUGAGCAAUGUCGAUAGCGUCAUGUUUUGUAAAGAGAAUAAGAAAGAUGGUAAGUUUUGAGCACGGUAAAGAAAUAGAUAGGAAGAAGAGCAUCCUCGCAUUAUGCAGGACGCUUGUCAUAUGUAAACUUCGUAACGAGCUCUGCUCACCAUAGAGUCUCUGUGGCUCAGUGGAAGAGCAUCGGAGCGCGGAAUCCGAAGGAGUGAGGUUCGAUUCCUCAUGGGGACUCAGAAUUUUUUCUUUGUCUCACGCUCGUGACAAGACGAACAAACUUCUUUCUCUAUCUGUGCAUAUAUUCGCUCAAAAUAGAGGCUAUUGUCUUUAUUAUCCUUCAAAUAUUUACUGUAUGCAGCGUGGGACGUUUUCUUUUGAGGAUUCUGUGGUACGACUUAAUUAAAGAAAAAAGACGUCCCUUCUUCUGUAACAGCCAGAAAACUCUCUCUCAUCGUGCUUUAAAUUUGAAACGAGGACCUAUCGUAAUGGACGUAAGGUUUGAAAAUUGAAGAAUAUCGCUUGAGUGAUAUUCGAGAAUAUGACUCAGUUUUAGCUGGAGGAUAUUCGGUCACGGGCUGCGUUGAAACCAAUCGCGCGCGGGCAAAAAUAUUUGAUGGAUCAUAACACUGGAUACUCCCCAGAUUUAGCUUGGGCAUAUUCGGCCACGGGAACGAGCAAAAAUAAUUGAUGGAUUAUAAUUUUAAAUAUCUCUAGUGAAAGAAAAGUCUGAGUUGCUGACUGAAAUUGAAGAAUUGAAUGAAGUGAAAGAACAGGUACAAGACUAAGUAAGACGCUUUGCUUUCUUAGAACUACAACAUUUUUUGGACAGUGAGAGUGGGCGGUUAUUCGGGGCUGGGCGGGUAUUAACCAUUCAUUAUUUUUAGCAAGCUAUAAAUUUAUUUAGAAAAUAAAAAAAUGUGAUAAUGUUCCAUAGACGGUCAACUUUAAGAAUAUAACCCAUUAAAGAAAUCAUAAUGAUUAUUACAUGGCAAGGCAGUCCAUUAGUAAAUCCGGGAUUUUGCCACACGAACCGUUUCCACGGAAACGGUCAUAUGUUUGUUCGCGAAAGCCGGACAAUUCAAAAGAAAGAGGUUUGGUCCAUGUGCCAUAUUAUAAACUACUUGUUAACCUCGUCUGCUCGAGCCUUACUGGGGAGUAUUAGUACAUUUUUUUGUUGUUGUUCUUUGUUAUUUCAUUUUUUUCGUUUUUUGUUUUUUUUUUGUUUUGGGUGGAGGGACGUUUAAUUGAGGUUGAGCACUGAAUUGUAAAAAUACGGUAAAUCUGAUAUUGAAAUAAAAAACUUUACAUAUAUGAUGAAAACAUGAAAAACAAUGUAACUUUAAAUGACGUUAGUGAUAUGUUAUCCAGUCACGUCAUGAGUAGCCUGGGAGCAGUCCCACGUUAUUACCGCUGCAGGACGCACGCAUGUUUUUUCCGCCCGCGGAAAGAUCUGAGAUGAGUCGGGGAGAGUUUUGCCGGAGAUUAGUGCUAAAGACCUCGUACUUUCCCGCGGGCGAAGAAAGGCUUGCGCCAAAGCUAGGGUGUAUGUAGAACAGCAUUUAACGACUGCAUUCUCUCUUAUGCCUUUAAGGUGUUAAACACUAACAAAGACACAAAACAACAGUAAUUCAGAAUAAAUUGUUAUGAGUGGUCUUGUGCCUUUUAAAAAAAAUUGUAAUUUUCCAAUUGAUUUUGGCAUGUGAAGCCGCGUGAAAACUAAAAAUACCUAUCAAACGUUUGUUUCAUUUUAUUGAUAUGAGUUUAUCUUGGUGGGUGGUGCAGUUACAUGCUGAAUUAGAACAAGAGAGAUCUAAGAAUUCUGCUUUGAAAAGUGAAAUAGCGAAGGUGAGGGUUAAAUCGUUGAUUUUAAGUAAAUCUUUAUUUGGUUCCGCUGUAAAGAGAUCAAUUCCUCACUAUUUUUCAAGUAUUGUAGAUAAUUUAUCAGAGCAUCUGAUAUUUAGAAUUUGAGACUUUACGUCACAUUUUCUUGAAGAAUUCCCAGUAAGCGGUGGCUUUUUUGUUCUGGCAUGUGACUUAUGGUUUUGCCCAAUCCCUAUUAUUGAAACUUAUGGCUCCUUUAUUUUUCCAGCCCGUAUGGGGAAGACAAAGGCAUGGUUCAUGUUCCUGACGGCUCCGAAUGAUGUUCAUGUGAAAAGAAAGUUCAGAGUUGUUAUUUUUGUUCUGAUUACUCAACAAUAGGUGCGUACCAGGUAAUUAGGAACUUGCAGUUCCAUCGUAAAGGAAAAGCAUCUCUUGAAAGAAAAAUAAAAGAGAGUCGUUUUGCUUCAAAAAUGUCUAACAACUGAUUUUUAUCAUAUUAUUGUCUUGUUAAUGAAAAUACAUUGUGCAUAAGCAUCAAGGGC